AUGGCGACCUCGCCUCCGCGCAUUGUCAAGUUCACGAACGGCUAUCUCCUCAAGGACGGCCAGCUGGUCUCGGGUGACCUCUGGGUGUCGUCAGAUACUGGCCGGAUCAUGAGCCCACAAACAGCCUUCUACUCAUCACGACUAACAGCAGACAAGACUGUUGAUCUCCAAGGCAAGAUCCUCGCUCCGGGCUUCAUCGACGUUCAAAUCAACGGUUCACACAAUUUCGACUUCUCCACCCCCAGCCCGGAAUUUGCCUCCGGCUUCGCUCAUGCCAGGAAACAAAUGAUCAAGAGCGGACUGACGUCCUUUGUGCCGACCGUCAUCAGUACACGGCCGGAAGCCUAUCAUGCCGUCCUGCCGCAUCUUGGUCCCUCGGGAAAGACCAGGGACUUCAACGAAGGCUGCGAAAGCCUAGGUGCUCACAUUGAAGGCCCGUUCUUGUCACCGCUCCGUAAUGGCGUUCACAAUCCAGAAGUGCUGCGAGAGGCCAACUCGUGGGCCGACGUGGAGGAGUGUUAUGGAUCGUCCAACCUAGAGAACGUCCGAUAUAUCACCGCCGCUCCAGAGCGAGGACAGAUGAUGUCUCUGAUCCCAAAAUUUGUCUCUCGAGGCAUAGUAUUUUCGGUCGGUCAUUCUGAUGCCACUUUCGAAACAGCCCAGAAUGCUAUUGCCGCUGGAGCGUCAAUGGUGACACAUCUGUUCAACGCCAUGCGACCCUUUGGACACCGAGAUCCUGGUAUUUUCGGGCUGCUUGGACAAUCAGCCCCAACUACGCCUGUCACAUCACCAAAACAAAGUCGACCGACUAGUACGUCGUCGUCCCCCGAGGCAUCACCUAGAUCGUCCAGAAGAUCGACGCCUCGGUCUAGUCUCAGCAUAAGCACAUCAGUGGACGAUCUAGACGAAGGAGCACGGUACAGACAACCUUUUUUUGGCCUUAUCGCCGACGGUAUACACCUAUCUGCGCAAGCGCUAAAGAUUGCAUAUUCUGCUCAUCCACGAGGCGCGAUUCUCGUCACUGACGCGCAGAAGUUUGCUGGAUGUCCGGAUGGUGUCUACGACUGGCGAGGAGAAGAUCGCUUUGUCAAAGAAGGAAAGUUACUCAAGCUUGAGAGCAAUGGACGGAUAGCGGGGAGUGUUGUUGACCUAAUAGACUGCGUCAACAACUUCAAGCGCUUCACAGGAUGCGGCACUGCUAAAGCACUGGAAUGUGUCACGAGCACUCCGGCCAAGAUGCUUGGGAAGGACGUAGAGGCGUCGAAGGGAAAACUAGAAUCCGGCAUGGAUGCCGACUUGGUCGUCCUUGAUGAGACCCCGGACGGGGAAUUGACCGUACAGCAAGUUUGGAAGUUUGGAGUUCAGGUGGCUUGA